AUGAUCCCAGGUUUGGGCCGAUUGCCGCGGGCGCGUUUAUUUGCACUUCUCCUCCUGGCGUUGGUGGAAGUAAUAGCGCGUGCUCCAGGCAAUCACGCUUCCUGCAGCAGCAGUGGUGGCGAUGUUUAUGGUACUAGUGCUAGCAAUGACAUUAAAAGGAUACCUCCUGAACUGGUUCGCUACGAGCGUUCUAUUUUUCCUCCCACACCAUCGUACAGUUUUCGCUUUAUCCACCCGGUUUACAAUGUGUCAAUACCAGAAAAUAGCGUCAUCAAAACGUACGCUGUUCAGCCACCAAAUGAAUCGCGUAUGGGAUUGCACGUGAUGCCUGAUAUAGAGGUCCGAUACAAGAUCGUGGCAGGCGAUAAGGAUCGGUUUUUCAAGGCCGAAGAGCGCCUAGUUGGUGAUUUCGUCUUCCUCGCAAUCCGGCUGCGAACAAACAACAUCGUGUUAAAUCGAGAAAAAGGGGAUAGUUAUCGGUUGGAGGUAAAAGCGACAGGUGUGCGCCGUGAGGGUAAGAGUCGUACAACAUUGGAAGCAGACACAGUAAUCGAUGUACGAGUUCUGGAUGCGAACGAUCUCAGCCCACUGUUCUAUCCGACCGAAUAUUCGGCAGCGAUUACGGAGGAUACUCCACUGCACAAGAGCAUUUUGCAUGUAGUGGCGGAGGAUGCAGAUCUUGGGCUGAAUGGUGAGAUAUACUAUAGCAUCCAGGAUGAGACAGAACAGUUUGCAAUACAUCCAACGACAGGUGUGAUUACGUUAACCCGUCCACUAAGAUUCGCCGAACGGGCGUUACACGAGCUGACGGUAGUUGCAAAUGAUCGUGGCAUUGGAUCUACCAGUCGCAAUCAAGCGAGCAAAGCACGCGUCAAAAUAAAAGUUCUACAGGUGAACCUCUUCGCACCGGAUAUUUAUGUUCAAGCAUUACCAGAUAUAUUGGAGAAUUCCAACACAAAUAUUUUUGGUAUUGUGCGAGUAACAGACAAGGAUAAGGGUUUACAUGGGCAGGUCAAGAGUCUGGACAUCGUCGACGGUGAUCCCGAUGGACACUUCCGUAUCAAACCAACUGAUCGUCCAGGAGAAUUCGUGAUCGAGGUACACAGACUACUGGACCGCGAAACAGCGCCUUCGGGUUACAAUUUAACGCUUCGUGCUAUUGAUCGUGGUGUACCACCGAAACAGAGCUACAUCGUAACACCGGUCAGGUUGGCAGAUAUCAACGACAAUGCGCCCGUAUUUAACAGAGAAAUAUAUGAGGUAUCCGUUCCGGAAACGUCGCCUCCGAAUACGCCCGUCAUACGAUUGAAAGUGACAGAUCGUGACGAAGGAAAGAACGCGAAGGUGUUUCUUGAGAUCGUUGGUGGUAAUGAGGGUGGUGAGUUUCGAGUAAACCCUGAAACGGGUAUGCUUUACACUGCUGUUCAUCUAGAUGCGGAAUUGAAAGCAUUUUAUACGCUUACUGUGUCUGCAAUCGAUCAGGGAAAUCCAGGCACCCGUAAACAAUCAUCAGCAAAGGUGAAAAUCAAUGUACAGGACACAAACGAUAACGAUCCCAUCUUCGAAACAACAAACCUGACUAUCUAUGUUGAUGAAAACGAACCGGCAGGCACGUCAGUAACGAAGGUCACUGCAAGAGAUAAGGACCUUGGCGAGAAUGCAUAUAUUUCGUAUAGUAUAGCGAACCUGAAUGAUGUCCCAUUUGAUAUAGAUCAUUUCUCCGGUACAGUGCGAACAGCUAAAUUGCUCGACUUUGAAAGUAUGCGCCGAGAGUACGUGCUUCGAGUGAGAGCAUCGGACUGGGGAUUACCUUACCGAAGACAGACUGAGAUGCAGCUAGUAAUCAAACUGCGGGAUGUGAACGACAAUAGACCACAGUUCGAAAAAAUCGAUUGUCUAGGAAGGAUACCACGGUACACGCCAAUCGGAACAGAGAUCUUCACGUUAUCAGCGCUUGACUUUGACUAUGGUAGUGUGGUCACGUACCGGUUACUGUCUGGGUUUGAGGAUGGUUGCUUCAACCUUGACUCAGUAACUGGCACUAUUUCAGUCGGAUGCGAUCUUAACGAUGUGGGCAUGGAGCAGCGGGAGCUAAACGUUACCGCAACGGAUGGGACUCACUUCGCGGACACUUCCCGCAUUCAGAUCAGUUUGGUGCGGAAUAGGAAAAACCUGGGUGCAAAUCUGAAAGCAGAAGAUGGUGCUACAUUUGAGUGUCGGGAAACAGGAGUAGCCCAACGGUUGACUGAAAUAAUGGCAGCGGCCGAACGUAACAAUAUGCCCGGUCGGGAAGCAGGUGUAAGUGGCGCUAUGGAUGAUUUCGCCAUGAUGCCAAGUAGAUACGGCGAGAACGUACAUGCACCCGAGUUCGUUGAUUUGCCGCUCGAGGCGAAGAUUAACGAAUCGGUUCCACUCGGCACAACUAUCACUUGGAUCAAGGCACGUGAUCGGGAUCUAGGGUACAAUGGCAAGCUUGUAUUUGGUAUAUCUGGAGGAGAUGAUGAUUCCGUAUUUCGACUUGAUCCGGACAACGGCGAGUUGAAGAUCAUCGGUUAUCUAGAUCGUGAACGACAAGAUGAGUAUUUCCUAAAUAUCACUGUGUAUGAUUUAGGAAAACCACAAAAAUCCAUUUCUAAAAUUCUUCCUAUCACAAUUAUGGACGAAAACGAUAAUGUACCCAGGUUUGAGAAGUCAUUGGCGAGUUUCCGUGUAACGGAAAACGCAAUCAACGGUACGAUUAUCUUUCGCGUUAAUGCAACGGAUGCUGAUCUCGGUCGGAAUGCAAAAAUAACGUAUAGUCUUGUGACGGACACGAAAGAUUUCCUGGUAGAUUCGGAGACUGGAAUACUAAUCGUCAUUGCUCCACUCGAUCGUGAACGUCAAGAGGUGUACGAGUUAAAGCUCCGUGCUACCGAUGGUGGUGGUGAUCAAAACACUCCCGCUCUAUACUCUGAUGCACUAGUGCGCGUUACCGUAGAUGACAUCAAUGAUAAUGCACCGGAAUUUUCGGUGCCUGACCUUACCGUGCGCAUUCGAGAAGAUGUUCCACGUGGUACUUUAGUAACAGUAGUGUCCGCUGUUGAUCUUGACAGCGGCAUGAACAGCGAAAUAGUAUAUACUUUCGGUGAGAAUGGUGACGGUGAGGGUACGUUCCGUAUUGAUAAGCAAUCGGGAACGAUACGAACGGCACGGACGCUUGACUUCGAGGAACGGCAGGUGCACAGCUUGAUCGUGAAGGCGAUUGAUCGCGGAACCCCGUCCUUGUCGUCAGAAACGUCGGUAAUUAUAGAGGUGAUUGAUGUAAAUGAGAAUAGGUUCGCACCACAGUUUGAGGAUUAUGUGUUGUUGGGUGCAGUUGCGGAAAACAAACCUCCCGGUGCACAUGUGAUGCAGGUGCUGGCAAAAGAUGCUGAUCUGCCUGGCCCGGAUUCUCGUGUUACGUACUCUAUCAAAGGCGGCGAUGGACUCGGUAUCUUUACAAUCGAUAACGAAGGAAUAAUUCGCACUCUUGCUUUAUUGGAUUUGGAAACGAAGCCGAACUACUGGUUAACAGUAUGCGCACAGGACCAGGCAGUCGUUCCACUGCAUUCCUGCGUACAGGUGUACAUCGAGGUACAGAACGAAAACGAUAAUGUGCCACUCACCGAGGAUGCCGUAUACUAUCCUUCGGUACCAGAAAGCAGUCCUCCGAACGUGAAGGUCCUACAACUAGUGGCUGAAGAUCGAGACAUAGAUUCAAUGCAGCAGAUUUCUUAUCGUAUUACUUCCGGGAAUCCGGAGGGUUACUUCGCCAUCAACAGCACCAGCGGGCUUAUAACUACUACGGCUCGAAAGUUGGAUCGCGAAAAUCAACCGGAACACAUACUAGAGGUUCUGGUUAUGGACAACGGAGAUCCGCAGUUAUCGUCGACUACACGCGUAGUCGUGCAGGUUGAGGACGUUAACGACCAUGCGCCAGAGUUUGAUCAAAAAAUGUACAAAGUGCAAAUACCAGCGAAUGCCAAAAUCGAUCAGCCAUUGUUUCAGAAUGAUUUUGCUAGCAGUGGGUAUGAACCGCCGGAGCUGGAACUGACCGAACCGAUGCUAUCUGAUCCGGAUAUAGGGCUGGAUGAUGCGACCACGUGGGAUUCAUUUCCGGAGAAAAACUUCAACGACCUGCAAGUUAUUUUUCGGGUACUUGCCACAGAUCAAGACGUUGGUGAGAAUGGUCGAGUAUCCUACUCGAUCAAACCGGGACGAGGGAAAGCUAAAAAAUUUCGUAUCGAUCCAGACACCGGCGUUAUUUAUGCGGCACGAUCAUUUGAGGUGGACACUGAAUAUGAUCUGUUGGUACGGGCUGAGGAUCAUGGAGUACCUAAACGAUCACAGCAAGCACGUGUUGUCGUUGCUGUUGUCGGUGUACCUUUGCAGUCGGACAAUGCACCGGUAGUGAAAACAGGUGAUCAACACGUCGAAUUAACAGAAAGCGACGUACCCGGAUUUCUGGUGACACUGAUACAAGCUACCGAUGUAGAUGGAGAGCAGCUUUGGUACGAUAUUGUUGGUGGUGAUGAACGUAACGAGUUUUAUAUUGGUCGUGAUAAUGGUAACGUUUUAUUAGCAAAGUAUCUAGAUUGGGAGCGACAGCGUGAAUAUAACAUCACUAUCAGCAUUUCCGAUGGAGUAUACACGAUGUACACACAACUAUACGUCUCCGUGAUUGACAUAAACGAUCAUCGACCGGAGUUCACUGAAUCGGUAUAUCGUGUAGAUAUCUCCGAGAGCAUCGAGGAAGGCAUGGACGUAUUGCAACUACACGCUACCGAUGAGGAUGAGGACAAGAAGCUUUUCUACAGUCUACAUGCUGCACGAGAUCCAGUUUCGUUGAAACUAUUCCGAGUUGACUCCGUCACCGGUAGUAUCGUGAUGGCACAUAGCCUCGAUCGGGAGACGCUCUCUGAACAUGUGUUGAUUGUAAUAGUCAAAGAUCAAGGAACACCUGCCAAACGCAACUACGCUACCGUCAUCAUCACCGUGCACGAUCACAAUGAUAAUACGCCAGAAUUUACCACCAAAAUUGUUCAAGGUAAGGUUUAUGAAACGGCUGCGGUUGGCACACAAGUCGCACAAGUGUAUGCUAUUGAUCGUGACGUCGGCGAUAACGCACGGAUCAGCUACGCAAUUGUCAGCGGUAAUAUUGGAAAUGUGUUCGGUAUUGACCCAAACAUGGGUGUGAUUAGUGUGAUAAAACAACUCGACAUCAGCACACUUUCCGAGUAUAUGUUGCAAGUGAAAGCUACCGAUGGUGGUAAGCCAGCACUCUCUUCACAAAUCCCAGUACACAUCAUGAUCAGUAUGGCAGAUAACGCACCACCACGCUUUAUAUUGGACGAUCCAGCUGCAGAAAUUUUCGAAAAUCUUCCUAUUGGAACGUUUGUGAUUCAUUUGGAAGCACGAAGUACCUCAUCGCUGCUGUUCCAAAUCAUCGAAGGUAAUGUUGGUGAUAUGUUCUUCAUUAAUCCUUCAACCGGUGUCAUCACAACGAAGAAUUUGCUCGACUACGAACUCAAAAGGUUUUAUAAUCUGACUGUGCGAACAACAAACAUGGCGUCUGCGUCGGCUUCUUGUUCAGUGACUGUAAAUGUACUCGAUAAGAAUGACAAUGUGCCGUACUUCGAACAACAAGUUUACCUAGGUGAGGUGUCGGAAGCUGCUCCAAUAGGAUCGUUAGUGUUAACACUCUCGGAAACUUUGGUCCAAAAUUUGAACGGUAGUGCGGAAAGUACAAUUAUAGGCAAUCACAAUCAUCUGGCGAACGCUUCCUUACCCUUGGUGAUUAGAGCUAAAGAUGAUGAUUCAGGACUGAAUGCACUGCUGCACUAUGAUAUCCUGGAUAUGCUUCCGCGAAGAUAUUUUCAUAUCGAUUCAAGCACAGGCGCCAUCAAGACGAUUAUGUUCUUGGAUCAUGAAAAGAUACCUUUCUUCAGCUUUCACGUAAAGGUAACUGAUCUCGGACAGCCCCGGCUCACAUCAGAACUAACAGCGGAAGUUCGUAUCAACAUUAUGGAUGUUAACGAUUGUGCACCUACCUUCACACAGAAUGAGUACAACGCAACGCUUUUGCUACCAACGCAUACAAACGUAGCCGUACUGCAAGUCAAUGCAGUCGACGAAGACAGCUCCGAGAAUUCCACCCUUCGCUACGACAUCAUAGAGGGCAAUCGAGACGGUGUAUUUGCUAUCGACGCUACAACUGGUCUCGUUACAACGCGUGAUGUUGAAAAUGUCGGUACAUCUUAUAGGUUAGCCGUUCGCGUCUCUGACGGCAAGUUUGCUAAAGUGGCGCAAAUAAACGUAAUUGUAGAGUCGUCAGAAAACUCCGGACUUAUCUUCCAAAGGCCAACAUACGAAGGUUCAAUCAUGGAGAACAGUACAAAAAUCAGUACCGUAGCCGUGGUAAACGUGCUUGGGUCCACUUUGAACGAACACAUCGAAUUUAGCGUCCUCAAUCCAACGGACAUGUUCCAGAUCGGUUUAACUUCCGGUGCGAUUCAAACCACCGGUCGUAAGUUUGACCGGGAGGUGCGCGAUAACUACGAACUAAUUGUGGAGGCACGCUCACAGCAACCGGACCGUGAAAAACCACGAGUUGCGCACGUCAUCGUAAACGUCACAAUAUUGGACAUCAACGAUAACUGUCCGAUGUUUGUAAACCUGCCGUACUACGCCGUUGUCUCAGUUGAUGACCCACGGGGAUCGGUCAUCACGAAGGUGCAUGCACUCGAUCUCGAUAGCUUCGAAAAUGGUGAGGUUCGUUACGAGAUGAAGCGUGGUCACGGGGAACUAUUUAAGGUAGACCGUAAGACCGGCGAGGUGACCCUCAAGCAAACGCUUGAGGGGCAUAAUCGCGACUACGAGCUCCUAAUAUCAGCGUUCGAUGGCGGAAUCACUCCUUGUUCGACUGAUGUUACCGUACAUGUUAAGGUGAUAGACAAAUCGAUGCCGGUGUUCAGCAAGCAAUUCUAUUCAGACAUGGUUGCGGAAAAUAUAGAGCUACACUCACCGCUAUCAGUUGCAAUCCAGGCGGAGAGUCCGUUAGGCCGGAAGCUGAUCUACAGCAUCGUGAAGGGAAAUGAGAUGGAGGAGUUUGCUGUCGAUUUCAACACAGCUCCGGACAGUACCAACGGACCAUGUGCAAUUUACGUCGUGGAUGAACUGGACUACGAGCGGCGUCAGAGCUAUGAACUUUUAAUUAGAGCCACAGACAGUGUAUCUGGCGUUUCGGCUGAGGUACCUGUGUCAGUUCUGGUGCAGGACGUAAACGACUGUCCGCCCGAAAUCGAACAAGACAGCUACAACAUCACCGUUUCUGAACGAGCCCCUUUUGGAACGGCUAUCCUGAAAGUACAAGCAAAGGAUAACGAUACCGGCAUGAACCAGGUAAUCAACUAUGCACUCCAGACAGAUUCCAAAAACACUUCAGAGCACUUUCACAUGGAUCCGGCUGAUGGAGUGAUCUAUCUGAAAAAAUCUCUCGACCACGAAACGCUUAGCCAUCAUCAUUUUACCGUCGUCGCAUCGGACAAGGGUGUACCAAAUCUAAGUUCGACGGCACAUGUUUGGGUUUCGGUAAUGGAUGUGAACGAUAACCCACCGAAAUUCGAACAACCUUCCUAUUCUUGCGUUCUAUCGGAGCACGCCUCCCGUGGUCAGUUUGUAACCGUGGUCUCGGCCUCCGAUCCAGAUUACAUUGAUCAUGAUCGGUUAGUGUACACAAUUGCUCAGGGCAACGAGCAACAGACGUACGGCAUCGAUCCGGUCAGCGGUAUCAUCACGCUGGUCAACAUGCAGAAUUUUGCCGAGAAGCAUGUUUCUAUCUUGAACGUAUCGGUAACCGAUGGCGUAUACACAAGCUUCACACGUGUUAAAAUCACAAUCCUACCGGCCAAUCUGCACAAUCCUGUGUUCGAGCACAUGUUCUACGAAGCAAAGGUAGACGAAAAUCAGCUAGCAGGGCGGCUUGUGACGACGGUGAAGGCAACGGACAAGGAUUUUGGAGAGUAUGGUCGAUUGGCUUACUAUAUCAUAUCAGACGACAUGCAAGAGUAUUUUUCAAUCGACAAAGAGAAAGGUGAAAUUGUGACGAAAAAAAAACUUGACCGAGAAGAACGGCUGCACUACGAAAUUCCGAUAAUGGCAGUCGAUGCUGGUGCUCGUGCCGGAUUCAGUACGGUACGGAUUCGCAUUGGAGACGAGAAUGACAAUCAGCCGAUAUUUCAGUAUCGGGAGUAUAAGACGCUUAUCCAGGGUAACUUAACCAUUAACACGACGUUCUACCGCGUAAGAGCAGUAGAUGCCGACGAUAAUCAGAAUUCGGUUGUGAAGUACUCGAUCUUUGACUCGCAGAACAGUGGAAUUAAGGAACUGUUCGGGGUGGAUGAAAAUACGGGAGGACUGUUUUUGCAGAAGAGUGCUGUUCAAUGGGAGAAUCAACUGUUCCAGUUCUUCAUACGUGCUCACGACGGUGGCACACCGUCACUGUACUCUGACGUCCCAAUAGACAUUUACAUCAUGAACUCUGCCGAAAAUCCUCCGCUAUUUGAAAAGAAAGAUCGCAAACUGUUCCUUUUGGAGAGCUCUCUUCCGGGUACAAUCAUCACGAGGUUGCGACUUUCUGGGAACGUAACUGCCAAAUAUCGCAUCCUGUCAGAUGAGCUCGAAGAGCCUCAGUUCUCAAUCAACGAUGCCGGUCAGCUGAGACUAGCGAAAACACUGGAUCGAGAAGUACGAGACACACAUCUAAUUGCAAUUCUUGCUGAGACAGACUCAAGCCCACCACUGACGGCGGUCACGGAAAUUAUACUACACGUGCAAGAUGAGAAUGACAAUACACCUAUUUUUGAAAGCAAUCCUUACUCUUUUGCACUUGCAGAAAACAUUGAAAAAGGUAGCUCGAUCAUGAAGCUAACUGCGCGUGAUGCAGAUAGUGGCUCAAAUGGCGAUAUUCGGUAUGCAAUAUCACCCGACGUUGGUGACAUUGUGAAUAUCUUCGAUGUGGAUGCAUAUACCGGUUGGAUAACGACGUUAAUUCCACUAGACAAGGAAAAGCGAGAUGAUUACAAGUUUCAGGUACUUGCUACCGAUAAUGGACUACCAAAACACACUACUCGUUCGACUGUGAUAAUUCGAAUGAAAGAUUAUAAUGAUUGUCCACCGGUAUUUAAAGAGCUUCACUACAAGGCUAGCGUUAGUGAGGAUGCUCUUCCUGGAACUGUGGUGCUACAAAUCGCCACUACGGACAAGGACGUUGAUUUAAAAACAACUGUUGAAUACUAUAUAAUUUCGGGUGAUUCAUUCUCACAGUUUCAGAUCAAGAAUAGCGGCGAGGUGUUCGUUGUAAAGGCACUUGAUCGUGAGAACCUCGCUGAGUACGAACUGAAGGUAAUUGUGACGGAUGGCAAGUACACAGCAACUGCUAAUAUCUCGAUUACGGUGUUGGAUGCAAACGAUAAUCCGCCGUACUGCUUGAAGUAUCGUUACCGAGAGCAGCUCAAUGAAGGGGACCGCCCUGGCACACACGUGUUGCAAGUGUUAGCAAACGAUAUGGAUGAACCAGCCAACAGUCGACUACGUUUUUAUCUUACCGGCAAUGGAGCAGAAGAUUUCAACCUGGACAAAGAUAACGGCCACCUGAAGACGACGCGCAAAUUAGACAGGGAAGCACAAUCGCGGUACAGCCUAGUGGCGCACGUACAAGACCGUGAUCAUCCGGGAUGGGAAUGUUCAUCACAAAUCGAACUGACAAUAACCGAUCUGAACGACAAUCCACCUAAUUUCUCUAUGAACCCGUACAGUGUAACUUUACCGGAAGACACCGAAGUUGGCACUCUUGUGACAAAGAUACACGCGACUGAUGCAGACAUCGGCAUUAAUCGGAAGAUCAAGUAUGCUUUUCUGGACUCGUAUCGUGAUCAUUUUCGCAUAGCACCAGAAUCUGGCAUUAUAACACUUGCCAAACCACUUGAUCGUGAGCUGAAGGCCGUAUAUAAUCUUUCUGUUAGUGCGAAAGAUCUCGGUCUGCCAUCUCUUUCAAGCGAAGCUACGCUCAUCAUCAACGUACAGGACAUUAAUGAUAAUCCGCCGGAAUUUACGUCUAAACAUUACUUCGCUUCGGUUCCAGAGAUCAAUGCAAUCGGAUCCGAAAUUUUGAAAGUGCUAGCUACUUCCAAAGACACUGGCAUUAAUGCGGAAAUAAGUUACUCGAUCAUCGGUGGCAAUGAACACCGGAAAUUUAGUAUUAAUAACAAGAGCGGUGUACUAUCGCUAGCAGACUCGCUAGACUACGAGAGAGCGAGAGAUUAUUUCCUUACAAUCCAGGCUGUGGAUGGUGGAACUCCUCCCCUCAGUAAUUUAGCCACAGUGAAUAUUUCGGUCACUGACAGUAACGACAACCAUCCACAGUUCACGCAGAACUCAUACAACGCACGAAUUCGUGAGGACGCUCAGCGUGGCGAUCGAAUUUUGCAAGUGCUUGCGAAUGAUCUAGACUCGGAUAACAAUGGUCGGGUCAGCUAUACAAUCGAACGAGGUGAUCGUAUGCAGCAGUUUGCUAUCGAAGAAGACACUGGUUAUAUCUCAGUCUUGGGAACACUAGAUCGUGAAUCGAUAUCGAAUUAUGUCCUGGAAGUUCAGGCACGUGACUAUGGCGUACCAACACUAACAGCAUAUGUACUAGUGAACAUUGAGAUCUCAGACGCUAACGAUAAUCCGCCAAUGUUCACUCAGCAAAACUACACUGCUGUCGUACAAGAGGACAAACAGAUAGGUCACACUCUAUUGAAGUUCGAUGUAACGGAUGUAGAUACGGCUCCAAAUGCAGCACCGUACACCUUCGACUUUAGGUCAGGUAACGAGGGAGGUUCAUUCCGAAUCGAACAGGAUGGAAUUUUACGCACUGCCACACGAUUUAACAGUAAGAUUCGAGAUGCCUAUCAGCUUCAGGUCCGUGUGUUUGAUAAUGGCACUCCACCCCUUUACUCUGAUACCUGGGUGCUGGUAAAAGUGAUCGAAGAAUCACAGUAUCCACCCGUGAUCACACCGCUCGACAUCACGAUCAACUCUUUUAUGGACGAGUAUACAGGUGGUGUGAUCGGUAAAGUGUAUGCCACGGACCAAGAUCAGUACGAUACGCUCACGUACGGGCUUGCACCAACGAUAGGUGUACUAUACUCACCAACGAACCUCUUCAACAUAUCGAAAAACGAUGGUGUGAUCACUGCCUUUCCAAGGCUAGAUGUAGGUGACUAUCGCGUCAAUGUCACCGUUACCGAUGGGAAGUUUGCCUCCUUCACGAUUGUGAAGGUUUCGGUCGAGCUGAUCAACGAAGAGAUGCUCACGAAUGCCAUUGUGAUACGUUUCCGUAAGGUAUCACCGGAGGCAUUCGUGCUGAGUCACCGGAAAGGUUUCAUCCGCUCGGUGCGGAAUGCAAUCGGAUGUAAAAUCAAGGAUAUCAUCAUCAUUUCAGUUCAACCGCCAAACCUUGACAAUUUGAAUUUUAUGCAGCAUCGCGUCCUACGGGAACUGAAGAAUGUAACACAUUUGAUAGGAUAUGGAAUAAGGGAAAAACGAAACGCUAAUGGUGAUCUUGACGUUCUAUUCACUGUACGCAAAAGUCAAACGGGUGGAUUUCAUACUGCAUACGAGAUACGGCGAAUAAUCGAUGAAAAUCUGGAAGAGAUAGAGGAUGCAACAAAAUUACAGAUCGACGAGGUGGUCAAGUCGAAGUGCUUACCUAAUUUCUGCAUACACGGGGAGUGCGAGGAUAAGAUUAUACUUGAUACGAAAAUGAUACAUCCGGUAUCGACGGACGUCACUAGCUUUGUUUCUGCGCGUCAUUCACAUCGUAUGGAGUGUGUCUGUCGGGAAGGAUAUGGAGGUGAAAAGUGUCAGCAUGCAAUUAAUGAGUGUUCAAAAGCUCCUUGCCCAACAUACAAAACGUGUAUUCCUGAUUCGUCUGAACAAGGAUAUCAUUGCACAUGCAGAGAAGGGUUCGCAGGACCGAAAUGUGAUCGAGACAUUACUCUGUGCAACGACGAAACGUGUUACGUACCCAGAAAUCCUGUAUCAUUCAGUGGAAAAAGCUAUGCGCACUAUCGAAUCGAAAAAGAGAUUGCUAGAAAGAAUCUGGAAGAUCAACUUGCGUUAAGUCUACGAUUAAGAACGGUCCAACCGACCGGCACCGUAAUGUACUCGGCUGGUAAGGUGGACUUUAACAUCCUGGAGAUCAUGAACGGUAUAAUCCAGUAUCGCUUUGAUCUAGGUUCCGGUGAGGGUCUUGUGCGUGUGUCAAGUAUAUUUGUCUCGGAUGGCUUGUGGCACGAGGUCCGCCUGGACAGAGAAGGGAAUAGUGCCAAACUGCUUGUGGAUGGAAAACACGUAGCACAAGGGAACGCACCGGGAGUAAACGGUGUAUUAAACUUGCAAACUGACGAUAUCUUUUUCGGUGCAGAAGUAAAGCAACAUCCCACCGUACUUGGUUUCCAAGAUGUUCAACGAGGAUUCGUCGGUUGUAUGGAUGAUAUCCGUCUGUCAAAGAUACCGGUACCGCUGCACAUGAAAGGGGCUAGCUCGAUCGCUAGCUUGCGUCAGUUUGCAAACGUUGAGUUCAGUUGUGAUGCGACUUCCGUGCUUCUACCGCUUGGUGUUUGUGGAACGCAACCUUGCUGGAACGGAGGCACUUGUAAAGAAAUCGGUGGUAGUAACUUUGAAUGUUUGUGCCACUCGCGUUUCUCUGGACCCUACUGUAAGGAAGAUCAAAACCCUUGUGCUUCAUCCCCAUGUCUGUACGGUGGUAAAUGUUCGAAAAUAGGCUUCGGCAACUAUACAUGUGACUGUCCCGCUCGAAUGACAGGUAAACGAUGUGAUUACGGGAGAUUCUGCACUCCGAACCCGUGCCGUAAUGGAGGAGUUUGUGAGGAAGGUGAUGACGGACCAACUUGUAUGUGUCACGGCUAUAGCGGAACUUUCUGUGAAACCGAUAUCGAUGAAUGUGAACGGCAACCGUGUGGAAAUGGGGCUACGUGUAUUAACGAAUCCGGCAGUUUUCGGUGCAUCUGUCCGCCAGAGAUGACUGGUGCUAGUUGUGGUGAUCCUCUCAAUACAAACGCGCUCACCAUCGCGCUCAAGAGGGUGACUUCGCAAGCGUUCUUCGUCGCAGUGGGUAUAAUCGCCGUAGUAUUGUUAGGUGUAGUGGUUUGGGGUGUAGCAUGUGUAUGUCGCAAAAAGCGGCGCUCUAGCCGUCAUGAGAAAAUUAACAACGAAGGCAAUACAGGUAUAGUGCUAAAUCCAGUAUCAGAAACAUCUGGUUAUAAGCGUAGCUCGAAAAUGAGUAACCUAGAGAUACAGCGUGAACAGCGACCCGUUUCGUACACACCGAGUAGUAAUAAUGCAGCAGAUCAAUUCUAUUGUAAUGCAAUACUUCAAUACAACAAUUUGGAUACUCUGCGAAGCUACGGGUCGGCAGGAGAUGAGCUUGAGAAUGUACCUCCGGAAUAUCGGAAAGGUACAGUUUCCUGCACCCAGCAAAUGGUCAACUUGAACAGUGGCGGAGGGAAUGCCAACUCUUCCGACACUGAGUCCCUUCACAAACAAAAGUGGACUGAACAGAUGCAGCUGCAAACGUUCACGGAUAAGAUCAAUAACGACCUUAAGCGGCUUGCUCAAAGUGGUUCACCCGAUUCACUCUUGCAACAACAGCAUCAACCACAGAUCCAACAGCAACCACAUCUAGGCGCUCAUCUCCGCGUGACGCCAAUGCAGCUGAAACCUGCUCAGAUGGGCAUAUUGCCGGGACGGCUACUGCACCAACAAAACUCACCAACUAUGCUGAUGCCACCGCAUAGUUUCGAAGAUUCACCGUCACAUCACAGUAGCACGGCCGCCUACCAUUGGGACUGUUCCGACUGGGUGGGUCGGGGCCAUCAUCCCUUGCCCAAUAUAACAGAAGUACCUGGCAGUGAAGUACCGGACUCUUCCAGCUUCCAUAGCAACGAAAGCAAUGAAUCGCAUCCGAAAACAAGUCUACUUCCGCCGAUUCUAGGCCCGAUUGAUUCGACGCGAGACAUAGAAACAUUAAACGAAGAUAAUGAAUCGGAGUACGUGGACGACUCGGAGUGUGAUCAGAGUGAACAGCCGCUUUCGCUGGGCUUCGAGCAAAACUCCUCCAUAUCCUGCCUGAACCCACUGGACAGUGGCAGCGAAGAUUAUAGAUUUAACACAGUGCCUUUAAUAGUAAAAAAACCUGAUAGUUAUCUGCGUCAUCCGAACAGUUACUUGCCCAAGUAUAACAUACAGAGCGAAACGGAGGGCGAAAAUGUGCCACUGACGGGAAGGAAGUCGUUGAACGACCUGGAGAUUGGCCGGCAUCAGUUGGUCGAGUCUGACGACGAAGACGUCGAAUCGUAUGGAUUCCCUCAAACGCGACGGAAUCGUCGCGAACCCAGUGAUAUCGAUUUAGUUUUAAAAACUGACGAAGGAAGCUCUCUGCUUAGCCAUUCCCGCACUCAUAACAGCUCGAAUCACUCCAACAGUGAUCUCUCCACACAACUGUGCGAGAUCGAUGACUCGGAGUACGAAGAGGGCCAUAAUCAGCCUAUCCACGAUCACCAUCUCCAUCGCCCUCAUCUUCAUCAGCAGCUUCAGCUCACAUCCCAGCCAUCGCCAUCCACCAAUGUGUCCGGUUCCUUCAGUGGGAAUGUUGAUUCAUCAACUGCAAUCAAUACCACCGGCACCGGUGUCACCACGAAACCGAAGCAACAAAAGGUGAAGUGGAGUAACGUUGUACAACAGACCGAAGUUUGA